UUCAGGCAAAAUUCCCAUUAAGUUCUAGAGAGUUGUGCAAGUAAAGCUAUGCAUUCUUAAAUGCCUGCAUUUAAAUAGCAAAGCAUCAUCAAAUAUCGGCGCGGAGGUCUUUACUUCAUUAUUAAGUAGGCCAUAUUGUACACACAGCAUUUUUCCUUUUUCUUUCUCUUUAACUUACUGCAUUUGCUUAGCAAAUGAGGGAAAUCUUGCUGUGGUUUUAAUUCAUGGUAAAGCUGGUACUGAGAAUAAGGGGAACAGGUUUCUUGCAGAAUGUAAGACUUGCUUCAGUUACUUCAGUAUGUGUGCUAUUCGGUAUGUGUCAUUUGUUAGAUUAAUGUUGCAAUUAGUCAUCAGUUUGACUUAAAGGUUUGGGAAAGGGGAUCAGAAGAUAUUUACAGGGUCCCUUUAUGUGCUACAGAACUUAUGCCACUGUACUGUAGCUGAGAACAAAAAUACUUAAUGCCUUAUUUUUAUAUGCAGGUGCUUUGGUAAUGAAAGUCUAGUCAAAGGAAAGCUUUGCAAAACCUCCAUCAUUCCUAUCAACAACUGUAUUCUUUUUCUAGUCAUAUUUAGGCAAGCCCUUGAUGACUCCAUUAUCUUUAAUUUUGUCUAGUUCUUCAAGCCAAUUUUCAUUUGAUUGAUUGUCAAGUUGCUUUUAAAAUUUUGGUUGACUACUUGAUUACUCUAGUUUUCAGUGAAUGUAAUUUCAGUUGUGAAAUAUCUUCAAAUCACUUCAGAUGGUUUGAUGCUUCUCUGUUUUGCUGUUGCGUGUUCAGUUUUAAAUACUAGUGCUUGUAGAAAAAAGUCAUUUAAGUUGCACUGUCUUCACAUGAUUAAAACAACUCUGUCAAGUGUUACUUAAUAAAUAACUGCAUCUCAGUUACAAUAGGUGGUCCAGUCAGGAAGUCAAAGCCUGCGUUAAAGGUAUGAUUGCAGCUUUCCAGGUUCCAUUCAGCCAAGCCUAGUGGAAGGGAGGGUGUUUUCGUAGCUCUCGCAGAUAUUUAGACACGUGGCAGGUAAGCCUGGCUGCAGGCUCGAGUAAAAAGCCCAGCUGAGUGAGCGGAGAGCAUUGACAUAAUUCUCUCCCCUUUAUUUUUCUAGGAUGGCAAAGGGUGGGUUUUUUUUGUUUCAGCUCCUACUCAACUGGAUCUUAAGAAGCUGGUGAGAGUGGUCAAUUGAUUGUACAUGUGGAAGUGUCUGUAUAGUAAACUAAACACUUCUUAAUGGCAUUUCAGUUUAAACUAUGUUCAUCUCCUCAGAUAUAUCCGUGUUUUUGUUGGUUUUACUCACUGUUUUUUUAAAAAAUAUUGUCCAUCAGUUGUUAGAUACAAAAGAUGAUAGUUUUGUAAAUGUCAGGUGGUUUGUUAUCAAAUGAAUUCUAUUCUUCUGUUUUGCUGUAGACUAGAACCAGCUGAACGACGUAACACUGUACCAUGCUUCGCAAUGUCCUAGGAAAAACCUUUCGAUUUCUUGGGUAUACUGUGCAAUAUGGCUGCAUAGCGCAUUGUGCCUUUGAGUACCUUGGAGGAAUUGUUGUGUGUUCUGGACCUUCAAUGGAACCAACCAUUCAAAAUUCUGAUAUUGUCUUUUCGGAGAACCUUAGCCGCCACUUUUAUUGCAUUCGAAAAGGAGAUAUUGUAAUUGUGAAAAGCCCAAAUGACCCCAAAUCAAAUAUCUGUAAAAGAGUAAUUGGCUUGGAAGGGGAUAAAGUCUGCACAAGCAACCCUUCAGAUUUCCUUAAGAGUCACAGCUAUGUGCCUAAAGGACACGUUUGGUUAGAAGGUGAUAAUCUCAGGAAUUCUACGGAUUCCAGGUGCUAUGGACCUGUUCCUUACGGGCUGAUAAGAGGACGCAUUUGUUUUAAGAUAUGGCCUCUGAAUGACUUUGGAUUUCUACGUGCAAGCCCCAACAGCCAUAGAUUUCUCGAUGAUUAGAAGAUUUAAGU